GCGUGACACUCGAUCGAUCGCUGGUCUUAUUCUAGCUCACCGGCCUUCUUCUUCAACUGACCGAUCGCUCGACCAUCCCCAUGGCCAUGGACGCCGGCAGCAAUGGCACGGGGACGCGGCUCGGUCUCCUUGUUUUACACCUCACCAUCCUCUUUCUCCUCGGCGGCGGCGCGGAGGCGGCGACGUCGUUCAGCUUCACCAACGCGUGCGCGCACCCGGUGUGGGUGGGCGCGCUCAACGGGGCCACCUCGCCUCCCCUAUCCCACACCGGCUUCUAUCUCGCCUCGGGCGCCACCUCCUCCCUCGCCGCCCCGUCCUCCGGCGCAUGGUCGGGCAACUUCUGGGCGCGCACCGGCUGCGCCACCGACGCCUCCACGGGCCGCUUCUCCUGCGCCACCGCCGACUGCGGCUCCGGCGACGUCGCCUGCAACGGCCGCGGGCCGGCGCCGCCCGUCACGCUCGCUGAGAUCACCCUUGCCGCGCCCGGCUCCGGCGGCCUCGACUUCUACGACGUCAGCCUCGUCGACGGCUUCAACGUGCCGCUCCGCAUCGCCCCGUCCGGCAACACCAGCGGCAACAACGGGUGCAGCGCCGCCGCAUGCGCCGGCGACGUGAACGCGGUCUGCCCCUCGGACCUACGCGUGCAGUCCGGGUCGGCGGUGGUGGCGUGCAAGAGCGCGUGCAACGCCUACGGCAGCGCGCGCUACUGCUGCAGCGGCGACUACGGCACGCCGGCGGCGUGCGGGCCAACCAACUACUCGCAGGUGUUCAAGGCCGCCUGCCCGACGGCGUACAGCUACGCAUACGAUGACGCCAGCUCAACCUUCACCUGUUCCGGCGCCGCCGUCUACGACGUGAUAUUCUGCCCAGCCAAUUAAUUAUUAAUUAAUUGUCUGAUUCUAAUGCUGCAAUAAUAAAACGGCAUGAAUGUAAUUUAUUCACUUCGGUGAAAAAAGAUUUGAGGGGCUCGAAUAGUAAUUAAUCAAUUAACGGUGAAAAAGAUACUAGUA